GCAACAAUGGGUGGUUCACUAAAUACCCUCUUCACUUCAGGAUCUCUUUCAAGGAUAGAGGUAUUGCUCAUGACGUUGGAGUCAAGUUUGACUGUCUGGGGGUGGUAAGUCAUCUCUAGAGGUACCCUUUAGUUUUUUGACGAGUCCUCUCCUGAAGAGCUUGCUGACGUGUCAACUUGGAGGCCUUGCGUACAGCACUUGCUAUAACAUCUUCCGGGUAACCCCUUCUGCGGAAGAAAGAGAUCAUUUCCUUCGCUUAGUCACGGUAAUCAUCAUCACUGCUGCACAAUCGGCGAAGUCUUGUCAGUUGUGAAUAAGGAAUCGACCGUUUGCAGUUGGGUGGAUGUGAUGAUUCAUAGUUCAGUUGAUGGAUCUUUAAGGAAUCAUGGAUACUUUUUUCAAAGUAGAUGCUGUUACAGGAACGAGGCGCAUGUUCUAUGCAGUAACGCCAAAUGAAACGUCAUUUGAAACACUAGAUGAAGUUCCCAAGUACAUUGUUGAGGCAGCCCCAUUUUUCUUCAUCUCUGUUAUGAUUGAAGAGAUUUAUCUGAGAUAUCAUGAUGGUGGUAAAGAAGAUAGAUUUGCAGACAGCAUUACCUCCAUAAUCGCUGGCAUGUUUAUGAUCGUUACAGGGUUAUUUUCCAAGGCCAUGGAGCUUGGUAUCUAUGUGUAUGUCUUUGACCGUUUCUGCAUCUAUGAGCUUCCAUGGGAUAGUGCUUGGACAUGGAUCUUCAGUCUUCUUGGUAUUGAUCUUGGAUAUUACUGGCUUCACCGAAUGAUACAUGAAGUGAAUAUAAUGUGGGCAGCACAUCAAGUUCACCAUAGCUCAGAAGAAUACAACCUAUCAACCGCUCUCAGGCAAUCAAUAUUUCAAAGAUGCUUCAGCUGGAUGUUCUACAUUCCAUUGGCUUUUGUUCUGCCUCCUUCUUCAAUGUUUGUGCACAUGCAAUUCAACACAUUGUAUCAGUUUUGGAUACAUACAGAGCUUAUCAAGAGUCUUGGACCAUUGGAAUACAUUCUAAACACACCCAGUCAUCAUCGGGUUCACCAUGGUCGUAACAGAUACUGUAUUGAUAAGAAUUAUGCUGGAACUCUGAUUAUCUGGGACAGAAUGUUUGGGACAUUUGAAGCAGAAGAUGACAAAGUUGCAUAUGGAUUGGUCCAUCCCAUUACAACAUACAAUCCCAUCUCUGUUCAGUUUUGUCAUCUUCAAUGGAUGUGGAGUGUGUUUUGGUCUACACCUGGACUGAUGAACAAGAUCUAUGUAAUCAUCAAAGGACCAGGAUGGGAACCAGGAAAACCAAGGACUGGACUAAUCGAAGAUAUACCAGAUGUGUCUGGACCUGAGCCAAACAAAUACAGGACUGUGAUUCCAGGAUGGCUAAAGGCAUAUAUCAUCAUUCAUUUUGUCAUCAACCUUAUUAUUUAUCAAAUCUAUUUGGAGAAAGCCAAGACACUGUCGCAGCUUCCACUUAUUGUUGGAUUGCUCUACCAGAUCUACACUUUCACUUGUAUGGGAAUGCUCUGUGACCUAAAACCAUGGUGGAAUGUCCUAGCUGAGAUGGUACGAUGUGCAGUGGUCUUUGCUGUGGCUUCUCUGGCAAUUCAUCAGGAUGUCGGACCCAGUAAUGCCCUUCUCUUUCUCCAGGUGACCUAUGGCCUGUCUGUUAUCUUCUGGUUCCUUCGUCCUGGAUCUUUGGAAGACAUGGAGAAACUUAAAUCAAAUUAAGUUAUCCUAUAUCUUGGUUGAUACAAAUUCCUAAUGCAAUCUCCCACAAAGGACUUAGGUUUCUUAUAUCCAAACAUACUAUACUGCCAUAGUUACUUUUUAGUUUUCUGAUCCUUCAUUCAUGAAUUAAUUAGUGCCUCAGUAGGAUUAGUCAAAUAAAUACUUUUGUUUUGUGACAUAUUCAGAUGCAUUAUUGGCAAUUUCUCAGUACUAGGAGCAUAAAAAUAACAGAUUGUGACAAUUUUUUUUUCACUGUCUUUCUCUUUCACUCACAUGCCAUAUCAACUCAUAUCUGUGAUCAUGUUCUUUCUAUUAGCAUGUUAUUGUCUGCCCUGCUCCCAUGUCUUGUACUGAUAUAAACUUAUCUAUAAACUAUUCUGCAGAUCACCAUUCAAACUAUCACACUUUUCACCUAUUUCACCCCUCAGUUUCCAUUGUCAGAGCAGGAUUUGACCCAUGAAUAGUAACUGCUUUUGUAUCAUUUUACUUUGGACUCCAAUUCUUCUAAGAACCUUCUCAUUACUAAUUGUCAUUCAAAUGAAUCUGUAUAAUUUUUCUUAAAAAUCACUUUCCAUAUCUUUUCAUUUUUCCUUAGUUAGGGGCAAGGCCAAGUUUCACUUUCCCUAUUAUGCAAAAGUACUAGUUAGGUUUAACAGUUCAGAAGUCUUAUUCUGUGAUCAUUGAUGAAGUACAAAGCAGCACAAAGAAAAAAAGAAAAAGUAUAUUUACAAGUAUAUAAUUAUUUACAUAUAUGUACUAAAAUAAGAAUGAAAGGCUUGUAAAUCAGUGUUAUUUGGCUUAAAGAAUGUUCUGCUAUAAAUCUUUGUCCCAUUUCUAAUCCUGUGUCUUGCUCUAUGAAGAAUAAUGAUGAAUUAUCAAAUUACUUAAUUUCCUAAAUUAUGUAAGCUUGCAAUAUUUUAUUAUGCUCUGUGAUUACUUUUGCAAAAAUUAUAUGAUAAAUUACUUAUUAAGGUAUGUCAGAGUUAACAGAGGAAGAUAAACAAAAUAUCUGCAUAUCAAAAAAAGGGGAGGGUAGAUUUUUUAAAAUUAUUUUUUAAAUAAAGUUAACCAUCUUGUCUACUCUAUUUCAAAAUGUAUAUGAAAGAUUUUAUAUGCAACAUGCAUUUCUUAAAGUUGUAGCCUUAUAGUAACUCAUUUCAUCAUGUACUUUUAUUUACCAAAGCUCACAGUACCAAUUGUCAUCUCUUCACCAUAUGGUUUCACUUUUUCACUGUUUUGUCCUAGAUAUAUUCAAUACAAAAAAUGCCUGUAUUCUAUGAGGGAUAGAUUAUUAAUGUAAUUCUGAGGGAUGUAGUGAUUUCCACCUUCUGUUGAUCAUAUGUAUUUUAAUGAAAACCAUCAGCUAUUUUGAAUAUAUAUAUAUAUAUAUACUUGCCUAAAUAUGUUUGAGCAUUGAUAAAGGAAUAGUGUUUUUGCUCAGGCUUUUGUUGAGUGUACUUUGUAGGAAGGUCAUUCCCAAGAAAAUGUCACAAUGCAUAAGUGUAAUGACUUGGCUAUCUUUUGGACCACAGACCCACAUCCAAGCAAGAAUUGAUUCAGGUAGAAUAGCUGCACAACAGAAAUUAUGCAAAAUUACGAGGCUGCAGGCCAAAAGAUUGUUGGGACGAUGAAUUGGGAAAUUUUUCUUAGAAUGACCCAGGUAUGUCUAAAAUGGCAAUACAAGUGAUUUUUGUGAUAUAUUUAUUGUACCAGAUCACUUAUUUUCAUUCCCUGAUAAGAUCUACACAAAUUAGUUGACCUUCAUUUUUAUAUUUUUAUGAAUCGGGGAAAAUAUUGGUAUGUGAUUUUAAACCACUCUAAAUUUUAAUUGCAUCACUCUCAAAGCACUUAAUUUUAUACCAUUUAUUUUUACAGAAAACUGUCAUCAGUUUGGGAUGAUUAAUUAAAAAAAUUGUUAAGCUUCAACCAACCUUUAUUUUAUAUCUAUAGGGCGAGCUUCGUCCACUCCUGUGGACUUUUUCAAGCAAAUUGAUCAGUCACAAAGUUUGCUGCCUGUGGUGGUCUGUACCUCCGUAUUUCUCGAUCACUGGACCAAAGAUUUGAGACAAUGUAUAUCCAGAGUCUCUAUUCAAUACUCACUGGAUUAAUCCUUUUUAUCCAUAGUGAUUGAUUCUUUCACCUUUCCUUUUCCAGAAGUUAUUUUCAAGUAAAUAACUUUGGAAUUUAUUUUUUGCAAUAUAUAUAUCUUACAAUGAAACAAAACAAAAAUGUGCUAAAUAUUUUUUUUAUUCUAUAUGUGUAGUACUCUUGCAAUAUACAAUCAAUUCAAUCGAUUGUACAUUAUAUGUUUAUAAAGCAUUUUAUGCAUUGAUUUGUAUAAUUCUCGAUUUCAAUACAGUGCUAUUAUAUCCAGAAUGUUUUUAACAUGUUUACUUAUAUUACCAAAGGUAUUUAAAAUCAUAUUGAUUAUUUUUGUAUGUAAAAUUAUUUUAUACAUUGAAUGAUAUAUAUUGAAUGAAUAAAAAUACGUAUUGGUUUCCAGAAUAUCUGUCCAACUUACCACCAUUAAAAAUAGUUUUGAAAAUAACUGUG